AUGGCGCUUUUCAGAAGGUUCUUUAAUCGGAAGCCGCCGGAUCGGCUUCUAGAGAUUUCUCAACGGGUUUACGUUUUUGACUGCUGCUUCUCCACCGAUGUGUUGGAAGAAGAUGAGUACAAAGUGUACUUGGGUGGCAUUACAGCCCAGCUACAGGACUACUUCCCUGAUGCUUCUUUCAUGGUGUUUAACUUCAGAGAAGGGGAUAAACGGAGCCAAAUUUCAGAUGUGUUGUCCCAGUAUGACAUGACAGUUAUGGAUUACCCUCGGCAAUAUGAGAAUUGUCCACUGCUGCCACUGGAGAUGAUUCAUCACUUUCUUCGAUCAAGUGAAGGUUGGUUGUCAUUGGCGGGACAACAGAAUGUACUGCUGAUGCACUGUGAAAGAGGAGGAUGGCCCGUGCUUGCCUUUAUGCUUGCAGCUCUUUUGCUAUACCGUAAAACUUACACAGGGGAGCAGAAGACUCUUGAUCUGGUUUACAAGCAGGCUCCAAAAGAGCUUCUCCAUCUGUUGGCUUCUAUAAACCCACAACCUUCGCAGCUUAGAUAUCUUCAGUAUAUUUCACGAAGAAAUCCGGGUGCUGAUUGGCUUCCAUCAGAUACACCUCUAUUUUUGGAUUGUCUGAUACUUAGAAACCUUCCACUUUUUGAUGACAGAAAAGGUUGCAGGCCCUUCAUACGAGUUUAUGGUCAAGACCCUUCAACACCGGCUGACAGAAGUUCUAAGCUUCUCUUUUCAAAUUUAAAGACUAAAAACAAUACUCGCCACUAUUCACAGGCAGAGUGUGUGCUGGUGAAAAUGGAUAUCUGUUGUUGUGUUCAAGGGGAUGUGGUAGUCGAGUGUAUCCACCUGUAUGAAGAUCAGGUUCAUGAGGAGAUGAUGUUCAGAGUUAUGUUUCACACAGCAUUUGUAAGGUCAAAUAUAUUGAUGCUCAGCCGUGAAGAUAUUGAUAUUCUUUGGGAUGCCAAGGAACAGUUCUCAAAAGACUUCAGAUCAGAGGUACUUUUUUCGGACGCUGAUGCUGUUCUGCCUAAUCUCACCACAGUUGUGGCAAGUGAUGAUGGAAAUGAGACAGAGACUGCUUCACCUGAGCAAUCUUAUGAGGUGGAAGAAAUCUUCAGCGAUGCUACUAUCGAAAUUGAGCCUGCAAUGUCAGAGUCAAAUGAAGUAGUUAAAUUAAGAAUACGAGCUACUAGUGAAACUGAGCCUACAAUACCAAAGUUGACUGAAGAUUUUGAACCAGUUGAAGCAACAACACAAGCCACCAAUGGACACUGUGAACCAGCUCCUCAGUGGAAGCAUGAUGUGUUUUUAAGUUUUAGGGGUGAAGAUACUCGCAAGGGUUUCCUCUCCCAUUUAUACCAUGAAUUGCAAACCACAAAAAUGAUUAGAACAUUUAAGGAUGAUGAACUACUUAAGAAAGGGAAGGUUAUUUCUCAAAGCCUGGUGACGGCAAUUGAAGAAUCAAGGUUUGCGAUCAUUGUUCUGUCAGAGCACUAUGCUUUUUCUGCAUGGUGUUUAGAUGAACUUACAAAGAUCUUUCAAUGCAUGGAAGGCAAGGAUACAAUCCUGCCAAUUUUUUAUCAUGUGGAUCCCUGUGAUGUACGAUAUCAAAAGAAUAGUUAUGAAGUGGCCUUAACAAAGCAUGAAAGCAAGGCGAGACAUGACAUAGAGAAGGUGAAGCAGUGGAGAGCUGAUUUAACAAAAGUGGGAAAUCUCUCUGGGUGGGAUUCAAAGAACCACAAAUCUGAAAGGGAACUAGUUGAAGACAUUGUGAAAGUUGUGCUCAAAGAAGUACUUCAACAACAAGAGAAGCCAUGGUUGAGGUUAACAAGAUGCUGA